AUGGCUGACGUUAAACCGAAUCACACGAUAUACAUAAAUAACUUAAACGAAAAAACCAAAAAAGACGAGCUUAAGAAGGCUUUAUAUGCAAUAUUUUCACAAUUCGGGCAGAUUAUCGAUAUAAUGGCUUUUAAAACUUUGAAAAUGCGUGGUCAGGCUCAUGUUAUUUUCAAAGAAGUAAGUUCAGCUACAAAUGCACUUCGCGCAAUGCAAGGGUUUCCUUUUUAUGAUAAACCAAUGAGGAUUCAGUUUGCUCGUGAAGAUUCAGAUGUCAUAGCAAAAGCAAAGGGUACUUACGUUGAAAGGCCGAAGAAAUAUUUGCUCGCUCGUCAAGCCCAACAAGAGAAGCGGAAGAAAGCUGGUGAAAGCGGAGCAGCGAAGAAAACUCCGCGUACGGACAAGUCUGCAGGGAGCAAGUUUUCCAACCCGCCAGAAAAAACCAACCCACCUAAUAAAAUUUUGUUCUGUACAAAUCUGCCUGAAGAAACAACGGAACAGAUGCUUUCACUGUUGUUUAACCCUUACCCUGGCUUAAAGGAUAUCCGUCGAAUUCCAAAUAGGCCUGAUAUAGCGUUUGUUGAGUUUGAAAGUGAAGGCGAAGCAACAGCAGCAAGAAAUGGAUUAAAUAAUUUCAAAAUUGCCCCGGGACAAUUUUGUGUUUCUGGGUGCGCAAUGAUUUGUCCGCAGCGUGUUUCUUAUGUGGUUGGGGUGUCAAGUCGCAUGCUGAGCAGGAUCAAGAAAGAUUGUGGCGAAGUGCGAAAUUGUUGGAGAUGUAUGAAGGCUGUAAAUUGCUUAAAGUUCACUCAUCUUUUGCUUCAGGAAAAAUAUUUUUGCCCAACUUGUUCUGCCAUUCAGCCUGCCGAAGGACAAAAUUUUUUUGACUAUCUUGGUGUAGACCCUUCAUUCAGUGUGGACACUGCGGUAUUGAAACAAAACUUUUUGAAACUGCAAACCAAGAUUCAUCCAGAUAAAUUCUCUAAAUGCUCCUCAGAAGAGAAACAUAUAUCCGAAUUAUGUUCCAGUUAUUUAAAUGAGGCGUAUAAAACCCUUAUUGAGCCUUUGCAACGAGCUAAAUAUCUGUUGGAAAUGAAAGGAGAAAAUACAGCAAAUGAGAGCACUUCCAGUACUUUUCUGGUCGAGAUGAUGGAGCUAAAUGAAGAAGUUGACGCUUUGGAGGAUGCAGAAUCCAUACGCAGCAUGUUAAAGAAAGUAGAAGACCGCAUUGAUGAAUUAUGUAAGGCCUUCAAAGAAGCCUUUGAGACUGGGAAUCUCAAUGAAGCAAAACAGGAUGUUUUAAAGAUGGGCUUCUUCUAUCGCAUCAAGAAAACGCUGAAUAAGAAACUCGACGAAGUAUCGUAA